GUGACGUCACAUGUGUCUCGCGGAGCACAAACACUUUCAUUUUCAUUUGUGAGGAAACCAGCAGCGUCCGGAGCCCGAAGCACGGCCAGCAGAAGAUUCUUGAGAUGUCUGAAAGGAAGGAGGCAGACAACAUGUCAGGCAGUGACACAGUUGAGGACAUGGAGACUGACCAGACAGAACAAUCUCAAAAUGCCAUGGAAGACUCCACACAUCCCAACACUUCAGCAGGAGAAACGACACAGGUCCAGGUCUCCUACGUGUCUCAGUCUGACACAAGGAUGGAUGUUCAACUCCACGGUCAGCAAGGACAACAUCAAUAUCCCAUGGGAAACUCUUCUAAUCCAGCACAGAACAACUUCACAAAUCCCCACCCUUCUGCUGGACAGUUUCCACAGGCGUAUCAAUCCCCAACAGUGAACAUGCCAAAUCAAGGACAGCAGCUACAUGCCAUGGGAGGCCCCCAUAAUCCAGCACAGAACAACUGCACAAAUCUCCACCCUUCUGCUGGACAGUUUCCACAGGUGCUUCAAAAGACAUCAAUGAACACUGAAGUUCAAGGACAGCAUCUACAUGCCAUGGGAGGCCCCCAUAAUCCAGCACAGAACAAUUGCACAAAUCUCCACCCUUCUGCUGGACAGUUUCCACAGAUGCCUCAAAACACAUCAAUGAACACUGAAGUUCAAGGACAACAUCAAUGUGCCACUGGAAACCCCUCUAAUCCAGUGCAGAACAUCUAUACAAAUCCCCACCCUUCUGCUGGACAGUUUCCACAGGUGCUUCAAAAGACAUCAAUGAACACUGAAGUUCAAGGACAGCAUCUACAUGCCAUGGGAGGCCCCCAUAAUCCAGCACAGAACAAUUGCACAAAUCUCCACCCUUCUGCUGGACAGUUUCCACAGAUGCCUCAAAACACAUCAAUGAACACUGAAGUUCAAGGACAACAUCAAUGUGCCACUGGAAACCCCUCUAAUCCAGUGCAGAACAUCUAUACAAAUCCCCACCCUUCUGAUGGACAGUUUCCACAUAUGUAUCAAAACCCAUCAGUGAACACGCCAACUAACAGUGAUGAAGUUCGAGCCAUUCUCUCCGUCCAGUGGUCAGAUGAUGACAAACUGCAGAAAAAAAAAUUGACGCUGCAGAAAGUUCUUCAGACUUCAGUCAGCAAAAGCAAAUUUAAUGGAGACUGUGAUGUUAUAAAUGUCUCAGAAGAUGGAAGAGCUGAGAUUAAGAUUAAACCAGCUGCAGCUGUGAUUGAGCUUAAGGAGCUUUUACAAAAACCACUGAAGACAAAAGAUGGGAAAAGAGUGAAGAUAACACACGUUAGUCUGACUUUGCCAGAGCUGGACAUACAAACACCAGACAAAGCUUCAGUGAACCAUCCUCUCUCAUCUGUAUCAGAGCCACAACAUGUGAGAGGCCAAUUUAGGGAACAAAGUGUCACAGCUCCAUCUUCUCAUAAUGUCCCAGUGCACGCAGGCGACCUUUCGAUGACCCGACCUCUUUCACCUGUGUCAGAGCAACAACAUGUGAAAGGGAAACUCAGGGAACAAAGUGACAUCACUGCAUCUACUAAUGUCCUGAAGCCUACAGACAAUGACAAUUCACCACAAGAAGUGAACCUUACUUCCUCAUCUGUGUCAGAGAAACAAAAUGACCAAGAUCCACCAGUGGAACAAAGUGGUUCCAGCAGUUCAGCCGCAGUAUCUACAAGAGAAGAGAAGAUAUGUUGUGUUCUCCCAGUGGUCCACUUCUGGUACGUGAACCACAUCUUCAAGGAGGACAUUAAACGCAUCGAGAGAGAGCAUGGAGUUAAAAUGAAUGUGGAAGUGAAUGUGACCUUUGUAGGAAACCAAAAAGACGAAGGCCUGACAGAAGCUCAGUCUGAGUUCACUGACCUCGUUCAGAAGCGUUUAGGUGAAUUUGAUGGCUCAGUUACUCCUCUCAAGUCCGUAGAUACAGAAGAGUUCAAGGACGCACUGAAAAUGAUCCAGAGACCUGAGAACAAGCUUCUGGUUUCUCUUUCUUCUGAUGAAAUGACCAUAUAUGGGCCAAAACCAAUUCCAACUGCCAUCAGUAGGUCCUUAAAUGCUGCUCCGACAUCCUCAGCAAAUACCUACGACUCUGCUGCAGAGUCUCAAGUCAGAUCCCUGAACACUGGCAUGAGCAUCACUGACCAUCUUGUAAAUAAUGGACUGAACAUGCAGGAGAGCCACUGGAAGUUGAUGACAGCUUCCUUCAGUGAUGACAUAGAUAAGAUUAAAAAAAAGUUCAGUGUGAACUUUAAGGAUUCAGGCGUCCAUCAUGGCAAAAUCAAUGUCAAAGCUCAUUAUAAAAGAUCUGGAGGAAACGCUUCAAUGGAGAGCCAUGCUGUCAGAGCUCUGCUUCAUCUGUGCCAGAAGAUCGCCACAUCACCCAAGAACAUCACCCAACACCGAGGUGCCACAGGGUUCAGUGGCUCCACUAAGAAUUCAAGCAGUCUGUCAGACAGCCAAUCAGAAUACAGCACUCGCAAAACUGAAGAAUCGGCAGGAGAGGGAGCAACAGCAGGAGACAACGAAGAUGAAGAAUGUCCUAUAUGCAAAGAUACAUUUAACAACAAGAAGCAGCUAAAGUGUAAACAUGAGUUUUGUGAGGAAUGCCUGGAAGAGUCAAAGAAACACAUGGGACCAGUGUGUCCUGUAUGCAAAGAUGUCUUUGGUGUGAUAGAGGGAACUCAGCCAGAUGGAACAAUGUCAUCGUAUAAAAGUACCUCAUCUCUCCCUGGAUUCGAAAACUGUGGCACUAUAGUCAUCGACUAUCAUUUUCCAAGUGGAAAACAAACGAAAAGGCAUCCAAAUCCUGGACAACGUUAUGAUGGUACAAGCAGAACAGCAUAUCUGCCAGACAACAAAGAGGGUAAAGAAGUGCUCGGCCUGUUAAAGAAAGCGUUUGACCAGAAGCUCAUUUUCACUGUUGGGACGUCCACAACAACUGGGAUAGAGAACCAGGUGACCUGGAACGACAUUCACCACAAAACCUCAAUGACUGGAGGACCACAGAGGUUUGGGUAUCCUGACCCUGACUACCUGAGAAGAGUCAGAGAUGAGCUGAAGGCUAAAGGCAUCGAGUGAAGACUUUGAUACAAAGAUGCUGAAGAGAGUUGUUUUAACACACA